AUGCCCAAGCUGCGUCUUCAACACCACGUCCUGCUUCUAGCCGCCCUCGCAUGGAUCUUGACCGCGUCCGCGACGUCUAUCCCGCGCUAUGCGGUCGUUUCGCGCUACAACCCCGUCCGGAACGCGUCCAACACGAGCACGCCCAUGCAGGUCGGGAACGGGUUCUUCGCGUUCGGCGCGGACGUCACCGGGCUCCAAACAUUCCAGCCGUGGGCGACCAUGUCCGACUGGGGCUGGAAGAAUGACAGCCUUCCCGUGGGUGUGACGGAGGAAGACAUCCUCGCGUACCGCGGCGUCGCCUGGGACAGGGUGCAGUACGAGUUCGGCGGGCCCGCCGCGCCCCAGCAGUGGCUGAUCGCGAACCCGAACCGCGCGAACCUGGGCCGCGUCGGGCUGCUGUUCAAGGAUGCAGAGGGAGAGGCGAUGAACGUCACUGAGGCGGACCUGAGCGACGUACACCAACAGCUGGACCUGUGGACCGGGACCAUCACGAGCAGCUUCUCGGUGGAAGGGCAGACAGUGACCGUGGAGACGUUCGCGGCGCAGAGUAGCAGUGCGGUCGGGAUCGCGGUAUAUUCGGACUUGCUCGCGGAGGGCCGCCUCGGGCUCUUCCUCGACUUCCCGUGGAACGACGGCUCGCAGAAGUUCCAGGCGCCCUUCGUCGGAUACUGGAACGAGACUGCCAGCCAUACGACGACGCUGUACACUGGGAGUGGGCUUGGAACGAACGUCCAGGCGGAAGUUAACCACACGGAGGUCGCAGCAACCGUCUUCACGUCCAUUGGUGGAGGGAGCGCAUUCUCGAUGUCGCGGGACUCGCUUUUCGCGCAUCGCUACAGUGUCGUCCCUUCUUCGAGCUCCUCGCUGUUCUCCGUAGUUGUUUCGUACUCGCUCCUUCCGCCUGCUGUCAUGCCGACUGUAGCUGAGAUUGCUGAAGAGUCGAUUGCGACCUGGAGCGAGUAUUGGUCUUCUCAUGGAUUCGUUGACCUGUAUACUGGCUCCACGGAUCCAAGAGCCGAUGAGUUGCAGAGACGGAUCAUACUCUCGCGGUACCUGAUGCGAGUCAACGAAGCAGGGCACACCCCACCUCAAGAAUCGGGGCUAGUCAACACUGGCUGGUAUGGCAAGUUCCACAUGGAGAUGUUUUUCUGGCACAGCUGUCACUGGGCGCUGUGGAACAACUGGGAUCUCCUGAACCGCUCCGUCGACGUCUACAACCGCUUCCUCCAGACGUCCAUCGAACGCGCACAGGUGCAGGAAGGCUACAACUACGGCGCGCGCUGGUCCAAGAUGACCGACCCCUCGGGAAGGUCGGCGCCGGGCGAGAUCAACGAGCUGCUCAUCUGGGAGCAACCACACCCACUCGUGUUCGCGGAAUACGAGUACCGCGCAACCGGAUCGCGGGAGACCCUCGAGCGGUGGCGCGAUGUCGUGUACGAGACGGCCGACUGGAUGGCCACCUAUGCGCAGUUCAACGAGAGUACGGGUGUCUACGACCUCGGGCCGCCGAUGCAUGUCGUCAGCGAGGACACGAGCCCAAAUGCGACGCGCAACCCCGCGUUCGAGCUUUCGUACUGGCGGCUAGGAUUGGAAUUGGCGCAGACGUGGAUGGAGCGACUUGGCGUGGAGCCUCCUGCUGUGUGGGCAGAAGUCGCGGACAACCUGGCCCCAUUGCCCGUCGAGGAUGGACUAUAUGCGGUGUACGAGGGCAUAGAAUUCGGUUUCUGGACGGACCCCGAAUACACGAACAGCCAUCCUGCGCUAGUGGGCCUGUACGGCUGGUUGCCAGCGACUGCCAACGUUAGCGUGGACAUGGCAAUAGACACCGCUGAAAGAGUAUGGACGACCUGGAAUGUAAGCAAUCUAUGGGGAUGGGACUUCCCCAUGCUGGCCAUGUCUGCGGCGCGCAUGGGGAACCAAGAAAAGGCCAUCCAAUGGCUGCUCGAUCCCUACUUCGAGUUCGACGAUGUCGGGAUGCCUGGCGGAGGUGCGCAAGUGCCAACACCGUACUUCCCGGGGUCGGGCGGAUUGCUAUAUGCGAUAGCAAUGAUGGCGGCUGGAUGGGACAACAGCACUACCCCAGCCCCAGGAUUUCCGAGCGAAGGGUGGGUGGUGAGGGUUGAAGAUAUCGGACAGGCGAUGUGA